GGGUCCGCGUCGCGUUAUUUAUCCUCGGAAGGCGCGUUUGCGCUCCGAGCCCAGCGCCCACCCGACCACCCCGGAACCCCUGGUCACUGCCUCCCCGUCUGGCGCGCUCUGGUCCUCGUGGGGGCCGCCUCGCCACAGGGUGCCGGGCCUGAGUCGGGUGGUCGUCACUUCCUGCUGGACGACGCGCUCGGCUCCGGCCGUGACCUUUGCUCUGCCGCGGGGACCCGCGGACCCGGACAGGCAGGUCUGGCUGCUCGCCGCUCGAAAGCCAAUUCUCGAGAGAUAGAUGUUGGUAGGCCUCCGCGGUUUUCGGGCCGAAGUCCUCCUCGUCCAUCGACUACAGAAAUGGAACAAGAAACAGUCAGCGGGAGUGCGGAGCUGCGUGCAGAGGCGGCCUCCUACCGCUGCUCCGCGUGCCAUGGUGACGAGGACUGGGGCCUGGGCCACCCCAUCCGGGGCCGCGCCAAGUCCCGCAGCCUGUCGGCCGCGCCUGCCCUGGCCAGCACCCGCGAGUUCAGGAGGACCCGCUCGCUACACGGGCCGUGCCCAGUGACCACUUUUGGACCAAAGGCCUGCGUGCUGCAGAACCCCCAGACCAUCAUGCACAUCCAGGACCCUGCCAGCCAGCGGCUGACGUGGAACAAGUCCCCAAAGAGCGUCCUCGUCAUCAAGAAGAUCCGGGACGCCAGCCUGCUCCAGCCCUUCAAGGAGCUCUGCGUGUACCUGAUGGAGGAAAACAACAUGAUCGUGUACGUGGAGAAGAAGGUUCUGGAGGACCCCGCCAUCGUGAGUGAUGACCGCUUUGGGCCAGUGAAGAGGAAGUUCUGCACCUUCAGAGAAGAUUACGAUGACAUCUCCAACCAGAUUGAUCUCAUCAUUUGCCUGGGAGGAGACGGGACCCUGCUGUACGCCUCGUCGCUCUUCCAGGGCAGCGUGCCUCCGGUCAUGGCGUUCCACCUGGGCUCCCUGGGCUUCCUGACCCCCUUCAACUUCGAGAACUUUCAGUCCCAAGUUACUCAGGUGAUACAGGGGAACGCAGCUGUUGUUCUCCGGAGCCGGCUGAAGGUCAGGGUUGUGAAGGAGCUCCGAGGGAAGAAGGUGGCCGUCCCCAACGGGAUCAGCGAGAACGGGGUGCUGGCCGCAGCCCUGGAUGCAGAGGUCGGGAAGCAGGUCAUGCAGUACCAGGUCUUAAACGAGGUGGUGAUAGACAGAGGCCCAUCCUCAUACCUGUCCAACGUGGACGUCUACCUGGAUGGGCACCUCAUCACCACGGUGCAGGGCGACGCCUGUCCCGCAGGCGUGAUCGUCUCCACCCCAACGGGCAGCACAGCGUACGCAGCCGCUGCCGGGGCCUCCAUGAUCCACCCCAACGUGCCAGCCAUCAUGAUCACGCCCAUCUGCCCCCACUCGCUGUCCUUCCGGCCCAUCGUGGUUCCUGCAGGGGUCGAGCUGAAGAUCAUGCUGUCACCGGAAGCAAGGAACACUGUGUGGGUGUCCUUCGAUGGACGAAAGAGACAGGAGGUCCGCCACGGAGACAGCGUCAGCAUCACUACCUCUCGCUACCCGCUCCCCUCCAUCUGUGUCCGCGACCCCGUGAGCGACUGGUUUGAGAGCCUGGCACAGUGUCUGCACUGGAACGUGCGGAAGAAGCAAGCCCACUUCGCGGAGGACGAGGAGGACGCGCACGAGGAGGAUGGGGCGGGGAACCAGGCCUGCGGUCCUGCCGUCUGCACUCGGGACGGGCGGACCUGAGCGCGUCGUGAGCACCACGGGCCCAGCGCCAGUGGCAGGUGCCGCACCACGUGUCUGGCCAGAGGAAGGGCCUGCAAUCUGCCUUUUGUCGACCAGAUCAGCUGUUUUUAACGUUUUAAAUCUGACUUUUCUGCAUUUCUAAACAAGUGAGCAGACCAGGAGCUCUGAGGUCAGCCCAGGCGCACUCACCCUGCGUGUGGACAGAGCCCGGCCCCAGGCAGGGACGGCCGAGCCUGGUGGGCUCCUUGUAGUUCCUUGUGAGGAAACUUCCAUAAAUCAGUCUACUGAGAUUCAGAGGGGAUCAGAAUGAAUGGGUCUAUCCUAUGGUGUUGAAAAUAAAUGUCUCACGGCCAAAAAUCGUUCAGCUCCCACGACUUCCCCUGAAGCCACUCGGGGGGACGCUUCUGCCGAGAGCAGGUUGGCUGCCAGGACAGAUGGGUCCCCAGGCCCCGGUCUCCUCCCCCGCUUCAGGGUGACCGGCACUGGCGGGGCGAGGGUUCAGGCCGCACACAUUCCUCGGGAAGCAGGGACGCACCUCCCCCCCCUGGAGGGUGUGCUCGAUUCUGUGUCUACUUUUUAGAGAUUCUUUUAUUCUGAAAGUGCUUACGUACAGAUUUUGUCGUGUACACUUUGAGAAUUCGGCGAGAAGGGAGUUUGUGCUGUGAAGUGGGACCAUCCUGUGCAGCCCGCGCGACUGUCCGGAGAGCUGGGCGACUUGCUCAGAGCGCCUGGCGCUUGGCGGGCCAGGAGGUGUUGAAGCUGCUCUUGCUUCUCCCCGGGGGCCUGGCUUCGAGGGCGUGCCCGUCGCUCCAGCCCCCGCGCCUCCAUCGCUGGCUGCCUGGGGCUGGGGCCGCCUGGAGUCUGGUGGGAGCAGUGGCUCGCGGGGGGCGUGUGGCCCUGGCCCCGCUUACUGUCGCCUAAUGGGCUUCCUAUUUUUGAGUAACUGUUUUCUCUCUGGGUUGCGUUUUCUCCUGUUAAAUUGGCCAGAACAGAAGGGAUGGGGGCCCGUCAUUUCUUGGACUUCCUUCUGGAGGGACAGGGGCCGGGGGGCGCUGUGCUUUGCGUGCUUGGAGGGUCACGGGCUGAUGGAAGGGCAUCCAGGGUCUCCAGGGCGGGCCCUGCGGCCUGAGCACCGUGGCCACUGUCCGUGUGUGUAUCAAGUGCUGUUGCCUCGCGUGCCUGUGUGGGCAGCUCAGCCGGUGCUGGGCACGGAGGUCGGUUCCCACCCUCUGCCCGCGAGUUCGGGCACAGUGGGCAGCCCGCUCGGCCUCCCAUGGGCUGAGGGGGCGACACUCCCAGCUUUAGGCCCAGAAAAGCGUAGCAUUCAGAACGCAGGUUACUCGUUCAGACAACAGAGCCAGUGUAGACCAAGUCCUGAAGCGUGACAGGGAAUGAACUAGGAAACUUUGGGUUUUUGAAAUCAAUUCUUAAUGUUUCAUAUUGUUAAUAUCUUGAAAAUUUGUUAAAUGUUGAAAGUCUUAUUUCUAUUUUCAGAUUCUUUCAAUAAACAGGCUUGUUUAAAAAGU